CCAACUUUAUUUUUAGGACGCAAUGCAGAUUUUUGUGAAAACCCUGACCGGCAAGACCAUCACCCUAGAGGUUGAGCCAAGUGACACUAUUGAGAAUGUCAAAGCAAAAAUCCAAGACAAAGAAGGUAUUCCUCCAGAUCAGCAGAGAUUGAUCUUUGCUGGCAAGCAGCUUGAAGAUGGUCGCACCUUGUCCGACUACAACAUCCAGAAAGAAUCCACAUUGCACUUGGUGCUGCGUCUGAGAGGAGGCAUGCAGAUUUUUGUGAAAACCUUGACCGGCAAGACCAUCACCCUAGAGGUUGAGCCAAGUGACACAAUUGAGAAUGUCAAAGCAAAAAUCCAAGACAAAGAAGGUAUCCCUCCAGAUCAGCAGAGAUUGAUCUUUGCUGGCAAGCAGCUUGAAGAUGGUCGCACCUUGUCCGACUACAACAUCCAGAAAGAAUCCACAUUGCACUUGGUGCUGCGUCUGAGAGGAGGCAUGCAGAUUUUUGUGAAAACCCUGACCGGCAAGACCAUCACCCUAGAGGUUGAGCCAAGUGACACUAUUGAGAAUGUCAAAGCAAAAAUCCAAGACAAAGAAGGUAUCCCUCCAGAUCAGCAGAGAUUGAUCUUUGCUGGCAAGCAGCUUGAAGAUGGUCGCACCUUGUCCGACUACAACAUCCAGAAAGAAUCCACAUUGCACUUGGUGCUGCGUCUGAGAGGAGGCAUGCAGAUUUUUGUGAAAACCUUGACCGGCAAGACCAUCACCCUAGAGGUUGAGCCAAGUGACACGAUUGAGAACGUCAAAGCAAAAAUCCAAGACAAAGAAGGUAUCCCUCCAGAUCAGCAGAGAUUGAUCUUUGCUGGCAAGCAGCUUGAAGAUGGUCGCACCUUGUCCGACUACAACAUCCAGAAAGAAUCCACAUUGCACUUGGUGCUGCGUCUGAGAGGAGGCAUGCAGAUUUUUGUGAAAACCUUGACCGGCAAGACCAUCACCCUAGAGGUUGAGCCAAGUGACACGAUUGAGAAUGUCAAAGCAAAAAUCCAAGACAAAGAAGGUAUCCCUCCAGAUCAGCAGAGAUUGAUCUUUGCUGGCAAGCAGCUUGAAGAUGGUCGCACAUUGUCCGACUACAACAUCCAGAAGGAAUCCACAUUGCACUUGGUGCUGCGUCUGAGAGGAGGCAUGCAGAUUUUUGUGAAAACCUUGACCGGCAAGACCAUCACCCUAGAGGUUGAGCCAAGUGACACGAUUGAGAAUGUCAAAGCAAAAAUCCAAGACAAAGAAGGUAUCCCUCCAGAUCAGCAGAGAUUGAUCUUUGCUGGCAAGCAGCUUGAAGAUGGUCGCACCUUGUCCGACUACAACAUCCAGAAAGAAUCCACAUUGCACUUGGUGCUGCGUCUGAGAGGAGGCAUGCAGAUUUUUGUGAAAACCUUGACCGGCAAGACCAUCACCCUAGAGGUUGAGCCAAGUGACACGAUUGAGAACGUCAAAGCAAAAAUCCAAGACAAAGAAGGUAUCCCUCCAGAUCAGCAGAGAUUGAUCUUUGCUGGCAAGCAGCUUGAAGAUGGUCGCACCUUGUCCGACUACAACAUCCAGAAAGAAUCCACAUUGCACUUGGUGCUGCGUCUGAGAGGAGGCAUGCAGAUUUUUGUGAAAACCCUGACCGGCAAGACCAUCACCCUAGAGGUUGAGCCAAGUGACACUAUUGAGAAUGUCAAAGCAAAAAUCCAAGACAAAGAAGGUAUCCCUCCAGAUCAGCAGAGAUUGAUCUUUGCUGGCAAGCAGCUUGAAGAUGGUCGCACCUUGUCCGACUACAACAUCCAGAAAGAAUCCACAUUGCACUUGGUGCUGCGUCUGAGAGGAGGCAUGCAGAUUUUUGUGAAAACCCUGACCGGCAAGACCAUCACCCUAGAGGUUGAGCCAAGUGACACUAUUGAGAAUGUCAAAGCAAAAAUCCAAGACAAAGAAGGUAUCCCUCCAGAUCAGCAGAGAUUGAUCUUUGCUGGCAAGCAGCUUGAAGAUGGUCGCACCUUGUCAGACUACAACAUCCAGAAAGAAUCCACAUUGCACUUGGUGCUGCGUUUGAGGGGUGGUUAUUAAAUGGAAUAAAGACUUAGCUUCAUUUUGCUGUUAGCAUUGAUGCUCUGUAUUUGUUAUCUCCACGUUUCAAACUAGAUUUGUAUGGUGAAAUAAAGUUUGUUUCACACUUAAAAA